GGCCGGUCGCGCUGCCUGGCGGGCGCCUGCCGCGGAGGAGCCGGAGCCGGAGCCGCCGCAGCCCCGCCGAAUGAUGUGCUUGGUCAGCGCCGCGAUGAAAGCUCAAAUUGAAAUUAUUCCAUGCAAGAUCUGCGGAGACAAAUCUUCAGGAAUCCAUUAUGGUGUGAUUACCUGUGAGGGUUGCAAGGGCUUCUUCAGGAGGAGCCAGCAGAGCAAUGCCACCUAUUCCUGCCCUCGCCAGAAAAACUGCUUAAUUGAUCGAACCAGCAGGAACCGCUGCCAGCACUGCCGCUUGCAGAAAUGCCUUGCUGUGGGGAUGUCGCGAGAUGCUGUCAAGUUUGGCCGCAUGUCCAAAAAACAGAGGGACAGCUUGUAUGCAGAGGUCCAGAAGCAUCGGAUGCAGCAGCAGCAGCGAGACCACCAACAGCCCCCCGGAGAAGCGGAGCCGCUGACCCCGAGCUACAGCAUCACGGCUAACGGCCUGACGGACCUGCACGACGACCUCAGUAAUUACAUAGAUGGCCACCCUCCUGAAGGUAGCAAAGGCGACUCUGCGGUUAGCAGCUUCUACUUAGACAUACAACCUUCUCCAGACCAAUCGGGCCUUGAUAUUAAUGGCAUCAAACCAGAACCAGUCUGUGACUACACUCCCACGACGGGCUUCUUUCCAUAUUGCUCCUUUACCAAUGGGGAGACCUCUCCUACUGUGUCCAUGGCAGAAUUAGAACACCUUGCACAGAACAUCUCUAAGUCACACAUGGAAACCUGCCAGUACUUGAGGGAAGAGCUACAGCAGAUCACCUGGCAAACGUUUCUGCAGGAGGAAAUUGAGAACUACCAGAGCAAGCAAAGGGAGGUCAUGUGGCAGUUAUGUGCGGUGAAGAUAACAGAAGCAAUACAGUAUGUCGUAGAGUUUGCCAAACGCAUCGACGGCUUUAUGGAACUAUGCCAAAACGAUCAAAUUGUGCUUUUAAAAGCAGGGUCUUUAGAGGUUGUGUUUAUCAGAAUGUGCCGUGCCUUUGACUCUCAGAACAACACAGUGUACUUUGAUGGCAAAUACGCUGGCCCAGAUGUAUUCAAAUCAUUAGGCUGUGAAGAUUUCAUUAGUUUCGUUUUCGAAUUUGGAAAGAGUUUAUGUUCUAUGCACCUUACUGAAGACGAGAUUGCAUUAUUCUCAGCUUUCGUUUUACUAUCUGCAGAUCGAUCAUGGCUUCAGGAAAAGGUAAAAAUUGAAAAGCUCCAGCAAAAAAUUCAGUUUGCGCUUCAACAUGUACUGCAGAAAAACCAUCGGGAAGAUGGAAUAUUAACAAAGCUAAUAUGCAAAGUGUCUACCUUAAGAGCCCUGUGUGGACGACAUACAGAAAAGCUCAUGGCGUUCAGAGCAAUAUACCCAGAGAUUGUGCGACUGCAUUUUCCUCCCUUGUACAAGGAGUUGUUCACUUCAGAAUUUGAGCCAACGGUGCAGAUGGAAGGGUAAAGGGAUCUUCUCAAGCCUCCUGGAAGCUCUUGGGGGGGGGACAAACAUUCAAGCAGAAAGAGAGAAGAAAGAGAUUCAACUGAGACACUUUGGUGGCCCUGCUUAAGACGCCAGGAGCCAGCACACUGCAGCUCUUCCGGGCACCGGCGCCAGGCGAAGGAGGGGGAGAACGCAGCAAGGGUCGGACUUCCUUGUCUCCUUGGCCCCGUUGCUGCGAUGCCCACCCAGAGGGGCCCUCCCCCCCCCACCUGGACUUCUCCGUCUUCGGCCUCUGUUUACACAGAAGGAGGGCUCUCCUCUGUCUUUGUAACUCACUGCCCACAGAGACGCUCGCUGAACAAGGUCCGACACCGAACCUCCAGCUCGACUCCGGCGACUGGUGUGCACUGCGGAGGCAUCGCUUCAUCAGUUUUUGCACAACUUUUGCUCAUUCUUUCAUGAAGGACGAUGUCUUUUCACCGUACCGCGAUUGCCGCCGGGCGGGAUGGCAUGAAAAGAGUCCAUAGCAAUAGCAUUAUAAUCUAUUACAGGGUAAAUGGGCAUGAAGUCAAUAUAUAGCAAAAAGAGAUGAUAUUGUUUAUAUAUUGUUUUAAUUAAUAUAAAAAAAAAUUGUAGUUAACUGGUAUAGCUUUUAUUGUUGAAUUGAUAAGGCACUUUCAUUUUGCACCUUUUUUUUCUUUUUAAAUUAUAUGCUGGCGUGUUCAGUGUUUGUGCUGCAUGUACACCAGAAAUCCAAGUUUUCACGGAGGGUUGGAAGGGAGAGGAGGACACUGCAAAGGAGGUUGUGCUGCUAUUCCCCACGUUUCCUUUGGCAGGGAGAGGCAGGCCCUGGUCCUGCGAUGCCCUUCCAGGGUCUUUGUGGAAGGAGCGGGAGGGAGGGAGGGAGGAGGGACGUCAAGUUUCUAAAGCGUUUUCUGGGUCUUAAAACUAUGAUUUUAUUGGAGAAGCAAAAAUAAAUGAAUCCCUAUUUUGAAACCAGAUUGCUGACAAUGGGGAUUGAAAAGGAAAAAAAAAAGCUAUGUUUAAUCACUUAACAAAUGUGUUGGUUUUUUAGUAACACCUUUUCAAAAUCAGCUCAUUUCCUGGAGUGAGUAAAUAUGGAUUCCGACAACCAAAUUUAGACAGUUGUGUUUUGGAAAUAUUGGUCCUAAUACUUUUGUUUACAUUUUGUGUGUGUUUGUGUAAUUAUGUGUGUGUGUGUGUGUGUGUUUGGAGAGAGAAAAAAUACAACAAAUUAAGACAGGUAGGGUACAUACAUUUUUUUUUCUCGUGGAUAGGGUCCAUGGACUUAAAUCUUGUAUUCAGUGCACAGACACCCGACUAUUCGCUGAAUUGGGACACAGCUGGAGGCUUGUUUAAAAAACCUGCUCUUGCGUGUUGCUACUUCCUUUGUAAACCAAGAGGUGCUACUUGCCCCCUUGCUUUACAAUCUGUUCCAAACAGAAGCUGCCACGGGAGGUGGUCGAACACUUCGGGAGCUUGGAUCCAGCAGUUGCCAUCUUGAUUUCUUGGUCACUCCACCUUUUGAAAUCUAAAGCAAUCUGAAUUCAUGCUCUACCUACCACAUGCUACACUUUAGCCACCCGCACCUGGAAUCAUGAGCAAGAAGCUCUAUAUUAAGAAUUAUUUAUAUCAUGGCCAAUGAAAGCCACCUAUUGAAAUGCAAAAUCUGAUCCAAAAGUGGUGACACAAGUUGGACUCCACUUCUCCUGUUGACAUUCCAUUUGCUCAUUGGACCACUUUGAAAUCUUGGAGAAAGUUCCCUCAAAAUGACCAGAAGUUCCAGUUGGAUUCCUGGUCUUUAACGUUGUGUUUAGAGCCAGUGACCAAGGCUGUAAUCCUAUGCCCUUUGAUCUCCCGUUGAGUUCAGCGGGAUCUCCUGCCACAUAAGACUUACCUAAGGCUCUUGGGUUGAGUUGUUGUAUCACCCAUAUUUAAAUAAACCAAUUGCAUAGUCUUUCAUUCUUGUGUAUUUCACUUCUCUGCAUCUUGAAGUACAAUCUGUAUUAGCAGUGAAAACGUUUAUCAGAGCAGCUUAGGUAUUUUUAAUUUAUUGACCAUUAAUGAACUGUAAUUGUUCUGAGAGUCAUUUUCAAUUCUGAUUCCAGUUGUCUUUUUAGUUGUAAAAAAUCCAUCAAGAAUGGAAGUGGAUUGAGAUGUUUAUUCACGGACACUAGUAAUGUCAGCCAGACUUGCUAGCUACUCUUCUUUAAAAACUAAGUUAAAAGAAUAACAAGCUUUGGCAUCCCAAUGAUCUGAAUAUAAAGAGUAUGUAGGGAUGUGUCUUCUUGUCUCGAACUCUUUAUCCUUGACCUAGAGACCAUUUUACUAGGCAGCUAAAACUUUUGAGAAGAAUAUUUUCAUCCUUUGCUUCAUCAUCAAGCAUUCUGUAGGAUCAUGUGUGUACAGAAACCAUAUCAGAGUUUGUUCAUGUUCUGUCAUGUUUAUGAAAGAAAAACAAUGAGUUUUGGUUUGGAAAUCAGCAUUAUUUAUGGCUCAUUUUUUACAUUUAAGUGCUAAUAGUAGGAGCUUCUGGUUGCUUGUAAAUUUCCAGGGUUCUGACAGGGAGCAUUGUCUUCCUUGUGGCAGGUGAUUGAUCAAGUGCCAUCAUGUCUGUGUCGACACCUAGUGACUUUCUAGAUAGAUUUUCUGCAUCUGGUCCUUCAGGUCUUUCAACCCGAGUUACAACAUUGUGGCUGGAGGGUGGUCAUCCUAUUCUCUUUUCUUCUGUCUUUCCCAGCACUAUAGGACUUUGCGUCCUUAAAUUGGUUGAUUGAUUAUAUGCCACCAGUUGUUGAUUGUUAGCAACCAUGACCUUCCGUCCUUCGCUUGGUCCCUGGGGUCUUCCAGCAGCAUCCCCAUCACCACUUAACUGAAUCCCACCACCUUCUGCUGAUCAUCCUCUUCUUCUCUUUCCUUCCCACCUUCCCAGUACAAGAACUUUUUCCAGGGAGUUAAGUCUUCAAACAAAGUGUCCAAAACAGGAUAAUUUGAACUUGGUCGUUUGUGCCAUGAGUGAGAAUCCUGGAUUGACUUGUUGGAUGAUCCAUUUUUUUAAAAAAAAAAAAAACAUUUCUUAAGAUGUUGAUGCUCUUCUCGGGAGUCUUACUCAGCCCCAAAGUUCAAAAUCAUCAACCCUCUUCCUUCCCUGUUUCUCUAGGGAAGGACCGCAGGGAAUACCAUGGCUUGCUCUGUUCUGAUCAUCUCCUUUUAGUUAAUUGCAAAUUACAUUUUGAUAACGAUAAAACGGUGCUGACCACCUCUUAUGAAAGAUGCCGAGAGAGUCCGUAAUCAGCGGUAUCUGCUUUGAAUAUCAGAUCAGAGGGGAAACCCAUCAGCAAAAACAAAAAAUCCAGGAAUAAGCUUUAACAUUGGUAGCCUAAUAUACUUGUUGGAUAUAACAAACUCCAGGUGGGAUUCAGCUAUAUAAAGUGUAGCAUGCUCUGUGGUGGGAGCAUAUCAAGGCUUCACGAUAUACCUGCAGGUGAACUCCAAGUGAACUGGCAGUUAAAAUUAAUUUGGGUUUUCAUCCUCCCAUCCUCUUUUUGGGUGGACCUAUUGCACCAAUUUAAAAGAAUGCCGGUGGUCCUGGACCUUGAUGGCACAGUUCUGUCUGUCGUAUUUAUAUUGUUUAAAAUUAUGAACUGACAUGAUAGGUGACAUUCUUUCAAAUCUGGUUGUCUUUUUAGGGAGCUUUUCAUUAUCAUGAGGUUAUCAAGGUCUGAAUGUGUGUGUACUCUUGAACAUGUGGGGUGUAGGUGUGCGUGGUUGUUGUUAGGCCAUUAAGUGUCCAUGGAAUAAAGAAAAUGUGUUGAAGAUAUGUAAGUCAAAAAAUAGAAGGUGGAAAAAAUAUUCUAUAUAAAGCCUUGUCUGGACCACUUAGAGAGACUUCUAUUUUUUUAACCCUUCUAUAAAUAUUUGGUGGCACUUGAAAUAUUCCUGCAAUAAAAUGUGAUUUGUGUAAAGGUAGAAACAAACAAAAAAGAUUUUGUAAUGUGAAAAAAAAAAUGAAAGAAAGCAAUGUAAUUUUUCUAAAAAAGAAAAACAAAAAACAAACCAACUUUGUAUUAUUUUUGUGGAUGGAAUUUGUCUACUUGUCUUUGGGAAAAGCAUUUGAUCUCAUUGGAUGUGCCAUAGCAGAGGCGUGUGGGUGGUGGGUCUUUUUUUUCGUUACGUCGUAGGUGAAAGGAAGGAAGUGAUUUUGUGUUUCCGACAUUCCAUAAAGCGUGAGGCCAUCACAAAAUAAUCCGUGUAUUCGUGAGCUUCCGUCUUCGUUGCUUUUUUUUGCACAUGUCGUUCAUUUCUCUCUAGUGCAAUAUGGACGCGUAGAGCACUUGUGGGUUUUACUCAGGGAAAAUUACAUAUUUGUUAUACAGGGUUUUACGUUGUCGUUUUUUGUGGUCGUUUGGGGUGGGGUGGGGGCUGAGGGAUGUUUUUUUCUUUUGCUAAGGAAUGUCGAUUGAAUCACCUGUUGUCAAGGGGCAGCCAGAUAAUAAUCCUAACGCCACUGCCAAAACCCUGAAUCUUCUCUCGUUCCGGCCCUGCCAUUCACCACAACAAUUCCUGACCAUUCUUUGUGCGAAUUGGAAAAAAAGAAAAAAGGGUAUAUAAGCACCUUAUGAUUGACUUAACUGUGAAUGACAAUCCAUCUUGUGAUCGGUAAUAGAUGCCCAAGAAUUUAGAAGUUUUUGUUAAAGCUCAGGGACCUUUCAAACUCUUCAACAGGGAGACCAGAGUUAUGGGUCAAAACUCUUUUGAGAAACGUGGGGGCUCUUCUUACAUUGAGCAACUAAUCUGGACAGACCUUUGUCCCCAUGGAAUGUCACUUGUUUGGAUUCUCAAAUUUCGGCUACUUAACCCUGUUAAAGAUUCAAACUAAACCAACAGGAGAGGGUUUACAGCAAGAGUGUCCAAUCUUGGCCACUUUAAGACCUGUGUAUUUCAACUCCCAGAAUUCCCUAUUCAUGGCUGGCUGGGAAAUUCUGGGAGUUGAAGUCCACAAGUCUUAAAGUGGCCAAGGUUGGACACCCCUGGCUUACAGUAUGUGUUGGGGAAAUAAGUUAACACUGACCCAUAAUGCAUGUCAAACAAUAUCUUUUUUUAACAACAACAAAAUCAUUGAAUCCUGAAUAUUUCCAGAUACUAUUUUGUGCUUUUCCCAAGUAAAAAAACUCUGGGGGAACGUGGCAAGAUUUUCCAAGGCCACUUUCCCCUACAUUUAAAAUUUUUUUUUGACAAGGGAUGAGUAGAGGAUUGGAGAGAUCACCAAUCCGGAAGAUUUCUUUAGGUGCCAAAUACAAUUUCAUCCUGUAAUCUUAUGCAAAACCCACCUUUUGUGCAACUUGGUUUAAAUUUUUAACUUAUUUAUUGUUCCAGAUUUGCCAUCUGGUGCAACCUGCAGAGUCUGGCAGUGUUCAGCAGCAUUAAACAUAAAGGAAAAAGCAGUCUUUAUUAUACUGAAAUAAUUAAUUAUACUGUCUGCUGGGAGGAGGUGAAAAUGAUAAGAUGGUUGUAGUUGCCAUGAUUGAGUCUUAAUUCCUUCCCUGCAGACACCUCUGACUUAUUUACUUAAAUAGAUUAUUACAACUUUUUAAAAAAUCCCCCAAUGAUAUGUGAGCAGUUUUUCUCAACCUCAGCAACAUUACAAAUGGUAGACUUCAAUUCUCAGACAUCCCAGGUGUGCUGGCUGGGGAAUUCUGGGAGUUGAACUCCACACCUCUGACAUUUGCUGAAGCUGAGAAGCCCCUGUAUUUAGAGAAAUACGCUGCUCAGCAGCGAGGGGUGAGUUUUUCAUUUAAUUGAAAAGACCGCUUACAUGAUUUUAAACAGCCUGUAGCCCUGACCCUCUAAGUAAUUCCAUAAUUGUCAUUAACUGUGCAGCCGCUCAUCCAGUGCCAGUUGUGUGCCAAAACUUUUGAAGGAGGGAGGCUGAAACAGAAAUGAGAAGUUCGCUUGAGACAUGCAUUAUUUGCCUUUUCCCCAUGUUUCUUAACAGGAGGAGUUCUAUAGAGGAAAAGAAUUAGGAAUUUAUUGAACAGGCCAAAGAAAAGUGAAUCGCAUCUCAAAUACGUGACUGGAUUCCUCUGAAUCCGAUCACACCCAUCCUACCAAUUAUGGUCGGUCCCCCCCCCCCCCAAUUGGUCAACCGAUCCAAUCACAUUAGACUGCAUACUUUCUUAAGGAUUGACUUUUUAACUAUAUGCACAGGUCUUGGGAAUGCCAGGGACACAGGUUUCAUCCAAAGGGGUCAACGAUUAGAAGGGGUUUCUGUGAUCCACGAAGGUCAAAGAGAGGGCCAAGGGGCAAUGAAUAUGGAGGUCAGAGGUCAGUUCCGGGAAACCUAGCAAUGUGAUGGGUUACUCGAUCAAUGAGGAUGGAGCUGCAGAUCCCACAGCCAUCUCAUGCACUUUGAUCCAAGUUCCCCAAUUGCCUUAGAUGGUAUUCCUCACCCUUGGCAAGGUUCACACUUGUGGAGUUCAGCUCCCAGAAUUUGACCGGGGAAUCCUGGGAGUUGAAGUCCGCCCAUCUUCAAAGUGGCUGAGGUUGAGAAACACUUAGAUACAUCUAUGACCUUACUGAGUUAGCACAAAACACGGAGCAGAGCUCUCGGUGUUACCCACUUAGGAGUUGUUAGAGGUUUUUUUCAGAUAAUUUCUGUUUAUCAUUUUCAGAAAAACAAGCAUAAAUACAACCUCACCUGUAUGUUUGGCAAUAAAAGCAUGUUAAAUUAUUGGGCAGCCAAAGUCAGAAUUUUCCCAGGUUCGAUUAGAGUAUCCUUUGAUUCAAAUCCAUUUUCAACCAUCAUAAUUUACGAGUAAUAUUGUGACCAAUUUAAAAUUCAUUAUAUAAUUCUGGAUGGUUGGGGUUUUUUAAAAAUAAGUAUUAAGGAAACCAUUCCAAGUCCUGCACCAUCAAUCAGUUAAUUGUUUAUUAAUGAAUGAUGUCCCAAUAACUUUUGAAGAUAUAGAACAGAAUAGAAUAACCGAGUUGGAAGGUUCCUUGGAGAUCUUCUAUCCAACUUUCUGCUCAGGCAGGAAACCUAUGCCAUUUCAUACAAAUGGUUGCCCAGGCUCUGCUUAAAAACCUGCAACAUCUGCAUGACUAUAUCCUCAAAAGUUAUUGGGACAUUAUUCAUUUUCAUCCUUCAUUUUACUCUUGUUUGUCUUGUCAUCACCCACUCUAAUGCAAACUCAGAGGAAUAAGGGCAUAUCACGUUUAUAUGUGGGCAUUAGCUUAGUCCUACAGUUGUUUUAAUAAAAUUAGAUACGAGAAGCUCUAGAAAUAAAAUGAGCCGUAACCUAUCAUCACUUUAUGUCAAUAAAUAAAUCCACCGAUUGGAUUUUUAUGGGUAGCAGGGCGUAAUCCUAACUCUUCAGAGCAAUAAACCAACUGAAUCCAAAAAUGAAAUCCUCAACUCCUGUGCAUUUUGAAUCUUCAAGUGAGGAAUUGUUAUUUACAUUCAGAUUUUAGAGUCUAUCGCUAUGGUACAUAUUUAGUUACUCUUAGAAGAUAACUUAAAAGUUAUCUUUGAAAUUCAGAGUAUCUCCUUCUUUCACCCCUCCUUGGCUUUACCCCUCAUUUACUGGAGAUGCAUAAAUGCACAGGACCCUACAAUCGUGUUAUCCUCUCGAAAUGCAGAAAAUUCAUAAGCAAUACCGUGAAUUUUAUUUCACAAACCACAGAGGUACUGUAUAUAUAUAUUUUCCUAAUUCCAAAAUUUUCUAUUUUGAUGCGACAAAAAAAAUUUGUAUAAAAAAUGACAAAAAAAAACACCUCCAGUGGUCCCUCUUUUGAUGAAUAGGACGUUAGCUGGCUGCUUCUUUCUCUCUGUGUAAAUUGUCUUGUCUGCCUGCUCCUUUUUUCGUGGAGAUGCGUUUUUGUAUGGAUGUUUGAGCCCAUGGGAGGCUUCAAGCGACGAUGUAUUUUUCCCACUUGGAAUAUAUUUAACAUAUUUAACAAACCCCAGACAAGGCUUUUUAAAAAAAAACGUAAGAAGAAUUGCAGUGGUAGGUGG